CGACAACAAUUGGUGACACUUCUGGUCACCUCUGCGCGGUGCCCCAUCAUGGAUGGUCUUGAGACCCAUCGCGCGGAGAGAGUGCCAGAAAGCACCAAGCCAAUGGCAGGACCUCUUACUGCUUGCACAGUCCAGACAGAAAGUGAAAACUCUGACCUGGGCUGUGACGCACUUGCCAUGGUCCGAAACCGUGCAACUCCUCGCCUGCUUUAGGAGAAGGCGUUUCCAACCUGACGUUAUUUUUUGCACUGCAGCGCUUAAAUCCUGCCGCACUUCCGCGGCUCCUGCGGGGGUGGUCCUGCAGGUGUUUGAAAGUAUGAAGAACUUCGGCCUAUGCCCAGAUGUCAUGGCCUUCAACACAGCUCUCAGUGCGAUUUCAACCACUUGGGAAGCAGCCUUGGACCUCUUUGAAUCGUGUCCACAAAGACGACUCCAAGCAGAUGUCGUGACCUACGCCACCAUCGUUGGUGCCUGCAGCAACGCUUUGCAAUGGCAACAGGCGGUUCACCUCUUUGCGGUCGCGGCGUCUUCGACGGAUGCACAGCUGUUGGGCCUGGGGAUGACGGCGUGGCUGCGGGGGAAACACUGGCAGAGGGCCCUGGAUCUCUUCAACGGCACGAGCUGCGAGGGGAUCUGCGGUGUGUGCGCAGAUGCAGCGCUCUUCAGCAUGGCCAUCGUUGCAUGUCAGGAGGGUGCCCAAUGGGAAGCCGCAGUGCACCUGCUGGACCAGAUGCCCCCAAGCGAACCACAGCAGCGCCUUCCCGGCUACGGCGCCGGCUGCAGCGCAUGUGAGCGCGGCGGACAGUGGCUACGAGCCUUGGAGCUGGCCGACGCGUUGGAACGGGAGGGCCUUCGCUGCAACGUGGUGAUCUAUGGCACCUCCCUGAGUGCCUUCGGGCGGGGCUUCCGCUGGACACAUGCCCUGCAGCUGCUGCGCCUGGGAAGCCUGCGAAGUGUGCAGAUGAACAUCAUCACCUACACGGCGGCCAGUGCAGCAACUGAGAAGGCCGCUAGGACAGGGUGGAUGCCUCCCAAAACUGAUGUCAACUACAAAUAA